UCGCGCGUCACAUGCGUGACUGCCAUAGCAACGAGAAAACGCUUUCACACAGCCUGAUUGAACGCUUCCGAGAAUUCAGACAGUCGUAGAUAGCAUUUGCAUUUUUUUAUUUUUUUGGGGGGGGAACUCUAAUAAUAAACGAACUAUCCCAUUGAUUUCGAUAUAGUUUCGUUUUGAAAUAAGAAAUAAGCCAAUAUUUUGUCGCUACAAUGGCAGACACGCGUGUGCUUCCCAGUGGUAAAGUGUACCGGCAAAUGUUUGACGCCCAGGUUCAGUUGUCUCUGGCUCUCUAUGAUUCGCGGAGGAAGCGCGUGGCAGAUGAGGGCGACUGUCUGCUAAGUGGAGAUGCUGCAGACUCUGCCUCACAGCAGCUCAAUGAGACAUUCAACAUCACCACACGGGACACAGUUUAUUCAGGUAGAAAAAGAAAGGAGGGCCAGGAUGAUACUGAGGAGGUUUGGGGUCUUCCAGACACUAUUGUUCCAGAGAAAAAAAACUCAGACAUCAUUGAUCGUCUUAUGGAGAAAAGGCAAACGGAUCACAAUGAAGCUGUUUCUCAGUUGCAGACAGAUCUCGCCAGCCUCACUGUGGGUUUUGAACCAUUAUUUAGACAGACAGGAAAAGAUAUCCUGCUCAGAUUGGCUGAGUAUAAUGACAAUAUUGAAAGACUUAUGCAGAAGAUUGAGAACAUUUCUGAUUUGGUGGCACAUAGCUAUCAGGACAUGCAUGAGAUCUGGAACAAAGUCUGCCAUGAAUCUUCCUUGAAAAAGAAGUGGAUUAAAGAUCUAGACGAGAUAUAUGCCAAAUAUGAAACUGAUAGAAAAACCAUGAUAGCAGAAUUACUGAGAAAAUACACCACUAAACUAGAGAAAAUCAGUUAUUUGAUGCCGCCUGAUGUCCACAGACUGAUUGACAAUGAAGCCAUGAUAAUAAACCAAGCCCUGCUAGCAAAUCGACGUGCUUUGGCCAAACUGUGUUUGAAUUUGAUGGAGAAACAUUUGCAGAUAGAUGUUUUCCAAAGGCUGAGAUGGGAGGAAAAGCUUCAAGAUUGGAAAAGAAUGAAACUUAUUGAUGCAGUCAGCCGGUUCAAAGACUUUAUGAACAGCCCUCACAUUCAGAACCCUAUAAACAUUCAAGAUACUCUGAGAACAGUGAAGUCAGAUCAGAAAACACUGAGUGAGAAACGCAUCCAAACGCUGGAAAUUCUUAGAGACAUGACGCCUCCAAAAAUCUCAGAGUCAUCAGUUGCGGAAUGGUAUUCAGCACUGUCUGCCAUCAAUGAGCAAAUGGAUUGUAUUCACGUUGCCACAAUGGAAAAACUUCACAAAAACUAUGAGAACAGCUGGCAAGUCUGUUUGGCAGAGGUUGAUCUAUUUAAGAUAGAGGUGUCUACAUUCGGAUUCACCUCAGAUGAGAUACAGAAUAUUGUUAACGUGGAGAUAUUACCUCUCAUUGGCCAGUGCCAGUCACAAGUGGAUGUCUAUUUGGAAAAUCUGGAUAAAGCUUUUGAAAGCUUGGCCGAAACAGCAGCUAAUGAGAGCAAGUGUUUAUUCAAGUUUAUUUGUGGGCUGGCUCAGCUGUGGGAGAUCCACUGCGAAGACCUGUUGAACAGAGAACAGCAGCUUCAAAAGUCAUUGGAGUCCAUCAGUCAAGUCCACAACCAAGAGAGCCAGAGGAAAGAGGCCCAGCUGGAUAUGAUGUUGGACAAACUCAGGCAGGAAAGCUCAGAAGAAGCUCUGAAAGACUCCUUAGAGAAGACACUAACCUAUUUGAAAGACAUUAAGAAUGGGUAUAUGAACAUCUAUAAGGAGGAAGUGGAAACUGUGGAGUGUUGCCCAUCUAUAGUCCUUCAGGAAUUACAAGCAUACAGUCUUUCUGUCAGCCAGUGCUUUAAUGUCAAAGAGGUUUAUGGCCAGGACCCUAAGGAUUUUUGCCAACUUUAUCCCUCUCUUAAACUUGAUCAAAGCAUGACAGCCAUUAAGAAUGACAGAUUGAAGAAAGAAGUUGAGGUGAAACCUAGAGGUGCACAAAAGCCACAUUUCAACAACCAAGGAAGCUCAACAUUUGGCUCGUCCUGUGAUAUGGAUGACCAAGAUUGUAAAGCUCUAGAAUUUUCAGUCUCUCAAACCAAUGAGACUUUCACUACCGCAAAAGGAAACUUGUACAACUGCUAUGGGUUUCACACUACACGUGAUGAGGAUCUGGAGACAAACCUUAAGGAAACUGAGCUGGUUUUAUACCCAAAGGCUCUAAUUGUUGAAUUGCUAAAAGAUGUGAGGCAAACAAUUUUCAGCCAUCUGGAAGAGAGAUUUCAUAUUAUUCUAACCAACACUAUGACUGUUGUGGAAGCCAAGAAAGAGAAACUGAAAGCAGAGCUGGAACUUCGCCUCCAACUCCACCAACCCCGCGCUGUAAGAAUCGAGAUGGAUAUUCACAAUGUCAGAGCAGCUGAACUAGUGCUACAUCGGGAACGCGUGGAUCGACACUGCAAGGGUGUACUAGAGGUCCUAGAAGACUGCCGGACAGACUUACAGGAGUUACAGAUACAGAAAAAUAAACUGACUGAAGACUUCCAAAUGCAGAUCUACAGUAGAGAGAAAGAUUUUACCUUUGCCACUAAUUCUGAAAAGAUAAAUAAACUUUGUACCUCACUUCAAACCAGCCUGGACAAACACAUCAAUAUCAUCCAGACUUUACAAAGAGACUUCAGACAAAAGAUGGAGUUAAAAAUGGAGGGCUUGAGGGAAGCAAAUGUUCAGAUAAUGAAAUCUUUCAAAUUGUUUUCUGAGGGGGGAAAUUUUACACCCCAAGAAAUUGAGGUCUUUCAGUCACAUCUGGAAAAAAUGGACAAGCGCAUCGAUUCAGCAGAGGGGGCCAUGAUGCAGGACAUGGAAGAAAAAGAAUCAAAGUGUCUGGAGCAGGUCAAGGAUAUAAUCAGGAAGUUUGAGGAAAAAUUCCGUUUUCUUGCUAUCGAGCUGAAGUUUCUUGAAAAAAUGCAACAAAUCUUUAACAACACACGAAUCCAGAUCAAAAGCGUGGCUUUAAAGAGUAACAUGCAGAAAAAGACGAUUGACAACAUGUUGAGCAAUUUAAAGGAAAUGACUGCUAAGUAUGGCCAACCCAGCCCUGAUAAGAAGAUUGUAACCAGUGGAGUGGAGAUAACAAGUUUAACAAAUUCUCUGAUGGAGGAGCUACAGAAGAGGUGUCAGUAUCUUGAAUGCUUCUUGGAUGCCUCUAUGGCUGUCCCCCGACCAGAGACUCCACUUCAGGGGGCUUUUGCAGUUGCAGCUCGCACCAGGUCCCGUAUACAGGAAAAAACAGGCAGUCCAGAUGGAGACAGCCUGCUCCAUCCUAGCCGCAUUGGAGUGUCCUUCCUGGAUGAUGCAGCAGUGGGGGUUAUCAAAGGCCUACUCAAGGUAGGCAAAACUAAAGAACUCAAGGAGGUAAACACUGACCCAACAGAAAGACACUUUUCAGCAGCAAAGUUAAACUCCCCUCUUGAAUCAGGUCAGAGGUCAGGAAAGAGCGCCAGUCAGUCUGGAAUAGAAACUCUUCACAGAAAGUCAGUGGAGUCGAUGACCACACAGAGGAGGGUUUCCAAACCCAACCGCUUUGAUAAGAAAUUCCUUAUUUUUGGCUCAAAACCUGAAGAGCAGAAGGACAGUGUUUCAUUCAAAGCCUCAAUCACCAGUAUUCUGUGGAAAGCCAAUGAUAUUCUCCUCUUGGUGGCAGAGGAGUUCUAUAAGAAGAAAGAGCGCCGCCCUAUCACUCGUUCUGAGCAACUGCAGGAGACAUUUGAUCAGUGUGCAGAGGAGAUAAACAAAAGACUUCUUAUCUACCAGAGUCAGUCACAUGAUUACCACAACAGCUGCCUGCAAGAAUUUCAGGUGCAGUUGAAGGCCAUUGAGGAGUUUCUGUCUAGCGUACCAGAGAAGCUUUUCUCUAAACUAAGAGAUCAACACCUUGAAGAGCUGACGCAAAGCAUGACACAAAUUCAACACCGGUUUAAACUAGUUCAACAGCAGAGUGAACAAAAGAGGAGGGAGCACAGUGGUCAGUUGCGUGUGCGUCUGAGCCAUCCGGCUUGUGAGACAGAACUGAAGCAGCUGGUGGCAGCCGAGGAGGACAGACAGAGAGAACAAAGACAAGCCAUCCAGAAUACCAGACAGGAAGUUCAGGCCUGUGCCCUCAAAAAUGCAGAAGAAUUUGUAACUGCACUUUCCAGGUUGGCAGAGGCCUUACUCUUCCAGUUCGACAACCUCAUAACCAUCCACGAGGUUCAAGUGGGAUCAGAUGCUGAACAAAAGAAGGAAAAUAUUACUAAACUCAUUCGCCAAGCACAAACUGGACUUUUGCUGGAAGACAAGAGCAGUACUCUGAUGCAGAAGGGCAGCAGAACAUGGCCAGGCAUUUGUUACUUCGGAUCCACUGAUGAUAGCACAUUUCAUAAAGAAGCUCAGGAAACGGCCACCAUCACAACUGCUAAAGCAACACUAGGGCAUUUUAAGACCAUUGAGGUGCGAGAUGCCAUGCAUGAGCUUUAUAGGCAGAGGGUUCAGGAGGAGCUGGCCAAAAGCCUGCGAGAGUGUGACGCUCAGGAAAGACAGCUGAAGCAGUGGCACGACUAUUGGCAGAGUCAGCUAAAAACCCUCGCUUCACUCAACUCUGAAUGACCAUGAGACAUUUAUGAACACUGACAGUCUAAGCCAAGGCAUUAAACACCAUCAAACAAAGAGAAGAGACACUACAACACAUGGAUUUUUGCCACUCAACAUUUACACGCUUAUCUGUUCUAUGUUGCUUGAUUCAUUUAAUGAUCAACAUAAUGGCUUUUGCUAUGAAUAGGCUAAUACAAAGUUUGUUAUAAAAGUGUUUAUUCGAUUUUAAAGUUUCAUUGUUUAGUGUUGUGCAGGAAUUAAAUAAAAAGAAAUUCUAAGAAAUACAACA